AUGGCUUCCAUUUUACCUGCUUCUAAUAGAUCCAUGAGACUGGACAAGAAUACACACGAGGGAAAAAGUUCUGUGCAUGUAAAGAAUCCUUACCUGGAUGCUAUGGAUGAAGACAUUCUUUACCACUUGGAUUUAGGAACCAAAACACACAUCCCAGCAAUGUUUGGGGAUGUAAAGCAUGGGAUGGGCAUCCCUUCCAUUUCUAUUAUGCUCCACGAACUCAUCAAAUUCCACGCACGCUGCUGUGAUGUUACCAUCAUCAGAAUCGGAACAUCAGGGGGAAUUGGAAUUGCCCCAGGCUCUGUUGUAAUAACAGAUACAGCUGUAGACUCCUUCAAGCCUCGGUUUGAGCAGGUCAUCUUGGACAAUGUGGUCACCCGAAGCACUGAACUUGACAAGGAACUGGCUACUGAUUUGCUCAACUGUAGCAGAGAAACUCCUAACUUCCCAACCCUCAUCAGACACACGAUGAGUACCUAUGAUUUUUAUGAAGGCCAGGGCCGCCUAGAUGGAGCGCUAUGUUCCUUUUCGAGAGAAAAAAAGCUAGACUACUUGAAGAGAGCAUACAAAGCUGGAAUCAGGAACAUAGAGAUGGUGUUGACAGUGUUUGCUGCCAUGUGUGGACUCUGUGGUCUGAGAGCUGCCGUGGUCUGUGUGACACUUCUUGACAGACUUGAGAGUGACCAAAUCAAUUUGUCACAUGAUGUCCUGGUGGAGUACCAGCAAUGGCCAUAGCUCCUAAUCUCCACUUUCAUCAAAAAGCAGCUUGGACUUUGUGGCCCGAUGUGA